AGACUGCUUAAAUGUCCCGUUUGGGGAUGAAAAGACAGACUUGAUGGGUUGGUGUGUGCUCGUGGAGCAGAGAGAAAGGGGGAAUAAACGUAUGCCUUAAAUUGGUCUUAUUCCUUGUCUCGGAUUAACCGACUCUGUGAUUAUUACGCAUCAUGGCUAAGCUGGUGGAGUGUGUGCCCAACUUCUCAGAGGGCCGGAACAAAAAGGUGAUUGAUGCAAUAGCGGAGGCCAUUUCCAGCACGGAGGGAUGCAGUCUGCUCGACGUGGACCCUGGAUCCUCCACCAACCGUACAGUCUACAGCUUCGUAGGCUCGCCCUGCCUUCCCACUCAUAUGGGACCAAACACUCAGUUGAAGAGGACAGAGUGGGCUCCUGACUAUGGCCCUGCCACCUUCGUGGCCUCCUGGGGAGCUACAGUAGCAGGGGCUCGCAAAUUCCUGGUUGCCUACAACAUUAACCUCCUCAGCACCAAGGAACAAGCCCAUCGGAUCGCACUAGAUAUCCGGGAAAAAGGCAGAAGCAAAGACCAGCCGGGUCUGAUGAAGAAGGUGCAGGGAAUGGGAUGGUACCUGGAAGAGGCGAACAUAGCCCAGGUGUCCACCAACAUCCUGGACUUUGAGCUGAUGCCCGUCCACACUGUUUACGAAGAGAUCUGCAGUGCGGCCAAGGACCUGAACCUGCCAGUGGUGGGCUCUGAGAUUGUAGGCCUCAUACCUCUGAGAGCCGUGCUGGACUGUGCUGACUUCUACAUCCAGAGAGACAGGCUCUUCAUUGUGGAGGAGGAGCACAAAGUCCGCCUGGUCAUCAGUAAACUUGGGCUUGAUUCACUUGGGCCAUUCGUCCCCAAAGAGAGAAUCAUAGAGUACAUGGUGGAGAGGACUGAGGAGGACAAGCGUUUGGUGUCUCUGUCUCUGCAGCAGUUUGUCCGCAGCGUGGGCGCCAGAACCGCUGCUCCGGGAGGAGGGUCAGUCUCUGGAGCCAUCGCUGCAAUGGGGGCUGCUCUGGGAGCCAUGGUGGGUCAGAUGACGUAUGGGAAGAGGCAGUUUGAUAGCCUGGACAACAACAUGAGGAGACUCAUCCCUCCCUUCCAUCAGGCCAUGAAUGAACUGCUGGUCAUGGUGGACGCAGACUCCAAGGCGUUCAGUCGCUAUAUGGCUGCAUUGAAGAUGCCAAGGAACACAUCAGAUGAAGUCAAAAGGAGGGAAGCUGCCAUGCAGGAGGGUCUGAAUCAGGCCGUGGUGGUCCCACUGUCUCUGGCUGAAAGAGUCAACCUGCUGUGACCUGGUCUAAAGGAAAUGGUGAUCUACGGAAACGUGGCCUGCAAGUCUGACCUCCAGCGCUCCUGUGUCCUGCUCCCAGAGAUCAACCAAGUGCUAUUCACCAAGCAUGGGCUGAUUCACGGACCUGUGAGGAGAACCCUCCUACUGCAGUUUGAACUAGCCCUGCUGUCAGUAUUUUGACAUUGGGACCACAUAUCCAUUUGCCUGUUGUCUUUUCCUGGUGGAUUUGGUCAUGGACAGUCUAGGGCAUUUUAGAGUUGAAGAACACCCACUACAGAUACCCAUUCUUGUUUGAGCAUUUCGAAGACUAAAUUCAAUGUAGAAUCAGUUUAACACAUGACAAACCGAUUAUUUUACUAUUGUAACAUACAGUGGGGACAAUUAUAUUGUUCUCGUCAGCAGCCCAGGUUUUUGCCAUAGAUGCUAGAGUUCUCGUCUCUAGGCCACACAAGCUUUAGAUUGCAUUCUGCUAAGGUACUUGUCUCUCUCUACAUCGUUUAGCUACAUUAGUGACCAGUGUGGGAUCUUUGAUAUGUCUAUGGGGCCUGGGCACACAAAUGCUCUAACAGAAAAGGGGGAAUAGUGAAUCAUGCACUGAUGACAGUUCUACAGUCUCGAUCAGAGGCUCAGGCUUCUGGCAUAGAUGGUAAAGUUCUCAUUUCUGGACUACAACAUUGUAAGAUUGUUUCCUCCACGGUACUUGAUAUAGCCUACAUUGAUUGGUAGGUUACACUAUAUUUACAUACUUCAGACCCUCCCUAAGCCACCUUUGCUACUUGUCUCCAUAGUCAAUAAAUGGUGAAAAACUA